AGAGUGCUUAGUCUCUCACCAAGACUUCAGUUUGUACUUCACACUACAAACUGCAAGCUCUUCUCGUUUUUUUUAGAUUGAAAUCCCAGCACCCACCAGCGUCCCCUCGGUCACCCUCAGAUCCCCCCCACCCUGACCCCUGUCUCUGGGAGGUUCUGAGACAAAGCGGGGGCCUGUGGCCUGUGGCCUGUGGCCUGUGGGGCGCGGGGUGGAUUUGGGACCCCUGCCACAGAGCCAGCCGCGUGCAGCAGGAGGGGGGCUGCACGCUCUGCCAACCCAACAGAGGUCGAGGAGGAGGAGGAGCUCCAGGGACCGGCCCCCAGACCAACGCCCACCCCUCGCCGGCCCAGCCCGAUUGUGCUACCAACUCAAAAACAUGGAGUCUCUGACGCCUUAUCACACCGCCCACAGCGCCUCCAGGGUGGGCAUGUUCAACACCGCCAUGGGGAAACUCCAGCGACAACUGCGUAAGGGCGAAUAUGACCUGUUUAAGUACGCACCCAUGCUCGAAAGCGACUUUGUGCAGGUCACCAAAAGAGGGGAAGUCGUCGACGUGCACAACCGAAUCCGAAUGAUGACCGUGGGCAUUGCAUCCACCAGCCCCAGCCUCCCGCUCCCAGAUGUCCUGCUGCUGGCCCGCCCGGCCACCGGCUGUGAACAGUACUCCGACCAGGGCCACGCCACCAAGGGAAAAGGCCGCAAGGCUUCCACCACCCUGGAGCUCACCAGGCUCCUUCCCUUGAAGUUUGUGAGGCUUUCUGUUCACGACCGGGAAAAACAAAUGCUUCGCCUCAAAUUCGCCACCGGCCGCUCCUGCUACCUGCGGCUGAGCCCCCCACUGGAUGCACAGGAAGACCUCUUCCCCUACUGGGAGAGCAUUAUCCAGGUACUGAGGCCGCCGCCGGUGCCCACUCACAGCAGAACCGACGCCGCUCGAGCAGAGGACAUGCUGGACAUGCCUCUGCUGGAGGACGACGACGGCAGGAACGCAGCAGGCGCAGAUGUCCAAAUAAUCGAUCAGGACCAGGUCAGUGUCCGGAGCCUCCCCGAGGGCUCUGAGGUGGCCGGGGCCACCUCUGCAGCUUUUGCUGGCGGGGAACAGACCAUCCAGGCCCCCCCAAAAACCAACAGCCUGCCCACCUUCGCUGCCCCCAACUGCCCGGGGCUCUCCAGGGAGUCGGCAGCAGGGGCCACGUCCGAGGCGGCGGCCGCCGGGGAGGCCGCGGCAGCCGCGGCAGUGGCGGCGGCAGGGACAGCAGCAGAGUUCGCAGCGGGGGAGGCCGGCAGAUGCCUGGCGUUCGCCGGGCCCGGAGCUGCCGGCAAGCCUGCGGGAGAAGCCGCUCGGGACGCGUCGGAAGGCCAGCUCCUCUGGGACGCGCCGAGCUCGGCGGGCAGUGGGGAGCCGGCGGGAAGGCCGCCCCGCAAGCGCCGGGAGGAGGAGCGAGCCCCCCGCACUUCCCGCCACCGCAGGGCCGCCGACAGCCGCCGCAAGGCCCGGGGGCACAAGAUCGCCCCGGCGGACUCCAGCCGCUCCUUAGGCAGCCACAGAGCCGCGCGGGAGCACAAGGAGGACAAGGGCCGCAGCAGCCCGGCGCGCGGCAGGCGCGCCCCCGACGAAGGCAUCAGCCACGCCCCCAGCGCCAAGGACUCCGGGACCUCCCACAAGUCGGGGCGGAGCGUCUCCGGCGGCAGCUCGGGCUCAGGCACCAAGAUGCUGGGCAGGAUCCGCAGGUUCCUGAGGAACCUGAGAGUCAGCCUCACUGCCAGGCGCGCGGCCUCCCCACACCGCAGAGACGUGCCCAUGGGGGAGAAGACUGCGGACACGAGCGGUGUGGUGUGGAGGCCAUCGCCCAGGCGGCGGCGAGCAGCCAGGGCUUGGAGAGCGCAGGGAGCCGGACAUCUGAGGUCAUGGGGGGAUGGAACUUCCUAGGCCCAGAUAUUGGGCCGCUGGGGGACCUCUCCCAGGAGACAUUAAACAAAAAUAAAAUAAAAAAAA